CAAAGACCUGAACCUAACUUUUGUGACCAUUGGAACAAUUAACUCACCCCUUUGCUCAAAUUAGUUGCCGUUCUCUCGGCAUCCACCAUUUCGAAUCAUCAAAAAAUGCAGCAGGCUGGGGCAUCCGGUUCAGAAGUGGAAGUUACGUGGGAGGACCAGCAGAACAUUAAUAAGUUUGGCAGAUUAAAUAACAGGCUUCACGAACUCGAAGAUGAGAUAAAGAUCGCUAAGGAAACUAAUGAGAGUCUCGAGGAUGCAAGUAAUGAGUUGAUUCUCACUGAUGAGGAUAUAGUCCGUUUCCAGAUAGGGGAGGUAUUCGCUCACAUCCCUAAAGAUGAAGUUGAGAUCAGGAUCGAACAGAUGAAAGAGGUUACAGAAAAGAACUUGGAGAAGUUGACUGAAGAGAAGGAAUCCAUACUAAGUCAGAUGGCUGAACUGAAGAAGAUUUUGUAUGGCAAGUUUAACGAUUCCAUCAAUCUUGAGGAGGAUUAAUGAUAUCAUAUGGAAACAAAUAACUCUUACUUCAUCUUUCAAACUAUAAUUUGACUUGCUUUGAUGUUAAAUGUCUUAUAAGAUUAGUUUGAUUAUGAUAUUGAUCUUUCAAGCCUGUU